GAAGCUUCUGGGUUCUGUCGUCUCAGCUCUGGGAAAGCCUCUUCUCCGCCAAGACCAUGAGGCUCUGCGUGACUGUUCUCUCUCUCCUCGUGCUGGUGGCUGCCUUCUGCUGCCCAGCGCUCUCAGCACCAAUGGGCUCAGACCCUCCCAUCGCCUGCUGCUUCUCCUACAUCCCACGGACACUUCCUCGCGACUUCGCGGUGGAUUACUACGAGACCAGCAGCCUUUGCUCCCAGCCGGCAGUGGUAUUCCAAACCAAACGGGGCAGACAGGUCUGCGCCAAUCCCAGUGAGCCCUGGGUCCAGGACUACAUGAAUGACCUGGAACUGAACUGAGCCGCUCCAGGCACAGGGGCAGGAGGUGUCCAGGGAAGGUCACCUGAGCCCAACGCUUCUCAGUGAGAUGCAUCCC